UACAGAGGAUGAUCCGCAGCGCAACGCUCCGACAACACUACCCUGACAAUGCGAACAGUCCAUCGAAAUUUAUAAAAUACACGCCAGGACUCUUCUUCAUGUAGGCUGCCAUAAAUUACCUACGAGAAAGUGGAGAGUUUAAUUCCAGAGACGAAGACUAUGGACGAACAGUAGGCAGCGAUUUCAGAUCAGGGAGAGUAAAACGGACCUGGAGAAGGUGCCCUCUUUUUGCUUUGAGCCUGAUUAUCGGUCUGCCUGGUCUCCAGCUCUUUUGGUCUGGUUGUCUGGUUCGGGCGAGCAGUGAUCUUCCACAGCAGACAUCUCCAGGGAUUGUAGCCCGUGGUCUGAGGAGGAGUCAUGGGGCCGGUACGGGCCUACCCAUUAGCCCUGCCUGUGCUGGCUGUUCUGGGCCUCAUUAUCAGUGCAUGGAGCCUCAACCCAGAUGACCCCAACGUCUGCAGUCACUGGGAGAGCUAUGCAGUGACUGUUCAGGAGUCCUACGCUCAUCCUUUUGACCAGAUCUACUACACCAGGUGCACCGACAUCCUCAAUUGGUUUAAAUGCACCAGACACAGGACCAGCUACAAGACAGCUUAUCGCCGUGGGGUGAGGACCAUGUACCGCCGGCGUUCUCAAUGCUGUCCUGGCUACUUCGAGAGCGGAGACUUGUGUGUCCCACGAUGUACCGAGGAGUGUGCCCAUGGUCGGUGUGUGUCUCCUGAUACAUGUCAGUGUGAGCCAGGCUGGGGAGGACUGGACUGCUCUAGUGGUUGUGAAAGUGGCCACUGGGGGCCCCACUGCAGCAACCGCUGUCAGUGCAAGAAUGGGGCCCUGUGUAACCCCAUCACAGGAGCCUGUGUCUGCACAGACGGCUACCAAGGAUGGCGCUGUGAAGAUCAAUGUGAGCCUGGAUACUAUGGCAAGGGCUGCCAGCUGCAGUGUCAAUGCCUCAAUGGUGCCACCUGCCACCACGAGACGGGGGAAUGCAUAUGUGCACCAGGCUACAUGGGUCCCAUCUGUGGAGAGCGAUGUCCCUCUGGAAGUCAUGGGCCACAGUGCGAGCAGCGCUGCCCCUGUCAGAAUGGAGGAACCUGCCAUCACAUCACUGGAGAAUGCUCCUGCCCUGCUGGAUGGACGGGGUCUGUGUGUGCCCAGCCAUGUCCAUUCGGCAAGUACGGGAUCAACUGCAGCAAGGAAUGCUCCUGCCGCAAUGGAGGACUGUGUGACCACAUUACAGGACAGUGCCAGUGUAUGGCAGGAUACAGUGGCCACAGGUGCCAGGAAGAGUGUCCGGUCGGCACAUAUGGACCCCAGUGUGCCCUCCACUGUGACUGUCAGAAUGGGGCCAAGUGUUACCACAUCAAUGGAGCGUGUUUGUGUGAUACAGGAUUCAAAGGGCCUCACUGCCAGGAAAGGUUCUGUCCACCAGGCCUCUACGGUCUCAUCUGUGACAAAUACUGCCCCUGUAACGCCACCAACACACUCAGCUGCCACCCCCUGACAGGUGAAUGCUUGUGUACAGCAGGAUGGACGGGUCUAUACUGCAAUGAGACCUGUCCCCCGGGUUACUAUGGAGAAGGAUGUAGAGUGCCGUGCCAGUGUGCUAAUGGAGCAGACUGCCACAGUCUCACUGGGGCCUGUAUCUGUGCCCCAGGCUACACAGGCGACGACUGUUCCCAUACCUGCCCACUUGCACUAUACGGUACUAACUGCACUUCCGCCUGCCACUGCCACAACCAGGCAUCCUGCUCACCAAUCGACGGCUCCUGCAUCUGUAAAGAAGGUUGGCAGGGUGUAGACUGCUCAAUCCUGUGCUCCAGUGGGACUUGGGGAUUGGGCUGUAACCAGACUUGUUUGUGUGCCAAUGGUGCGGCUUGUGACACAAUCGACGGCUCCUGUACCUGUACCUCAGGCUGGAGAGGGGAACGCUGCCAGCAGCCCUGCCCCGAUGGCACAUAUGGACUGGAGUGUCGCGAGCAUUGUGACUGUAACCACGCUGAUGGAUGCGACCCUGUGAGCGGAUUCUGUCGCUGUUUGCCAGGAUGGACCGGCAUCCACUGUGACAGCAUCUGCCCUCAAGGCUUCUGGGGUCCUAACUGCUCCAUGACCUGCUCAUGCCAGAACGGAGGCUCCUGCUCUCCUGAAGACGGGACCUGCGUGUGCGCUCCUGGCUACCGCGGGACUUCCUGCAAGAGAAUUUGCCCUCCUGGUUUCUACGGGCACCGCUGCAGCCAGUCAUGCCCACAGUGUGUGCACAGCACAGGGCCGUGUCACCACAUCACGGGUCACUGUGAAUGCCUGGCCGGCUUCUUCGGCUCGCUUUGCAACCAAGUUUGUCCCAGUGGCAAAUACGGGAAAGCCUGUGCUGAGAUCUGCGUGUGCACUAACAAUGGCACCUGCAACCCCAUUGACGGCUCUUGCCAAUGUUUCCCAGGCUGGACUGGAGAUGACUGUUCACAGAUUUGUCCCAUAGGCCAGUGGGGCCCUGACUGCUUGAACUCAUGUAACUGUCACAACGGAGCCCAAUGUAGUGCCUACGACGGAGAGUGCAGGUGCAGCCUGGGCUGGACCGGCCUCUACUGCACGCAGCGCUGUCCCUCAGGGUUUUAUGGGCGAGACUGUGCAGAGGUGUGCCGCUGUCAAAAUGGAGCUGACUGUGAUCAUAUCACUGGCCAGUGUGCCUGUCGGACUGGCUUUAUUGGGACCAACUGUGAACAGAAGUGUCCUCCUGGGACGUUUGGCUAUGGCUGUCAGCAGCUGUGUGAAUGUAUGAACAACGCCACCUGCGACUAUGUGACUGGAACGUGCUACUGCAGCCCGGGAUACAAAGGAAUCCGCUGUGACCAGGCGGCUCUAGUGAUGGAGGAGCUGAACCCCUACACUAAGAUCAGUCCUUCUCUGGGUUCAGAGCGGCAGUCGGCAGGCGCUGUGAUGGGCAUCAUCUUCCUGCUGCUGAUCAUCAUGGCCAUGCUCAGCUUGUUUGUUUGGUUCAGGCAGAGACAGAGAGACAAAGGCCAGGAAAUGCCCAGUGUCUCGUACACCCCAGCCCUGCGUGUCACCAACACUGACUACUCCCUCUCUGAAACAUCUCAGAGCAGCAGUGGUGGUCAGUGCUUCUCCAAUCCCAGCUACCACACUGUGGCACAGUGCAACAUCUCGUCCACCACGAACAACCUGGACGGCACUCUUGCUCUUAAGAAAGGAGACAGGAACAGUUCAGAAUGGAGAGCGUACUGCAAUCUCAAUGACCUGGGAGUAUCACGAGGAGACACACUUACACUGAGGGACAACAAAACCACUCGAAUGGCCAAAGAUUACAUAAAGGCCUCCAUGUGUAGCUCCAGCUCAUGCUCCCUAAAUAGUGAGAACCCGUACGCCACCAUCCGAGAUCCACCCAGCCUGGCCUGCAAGCACACUGAAAGCAGCUACGUGGAGAUGAAGUCACCUGCUCACAGAGACCUGAGCUUCUGCUCCAGCACAAGCACGACCCUGACCAGUGCCAGCAGGAACGUCUAUGACGCGGAACCGACAGUGAGUGUUCUUCAGGGACCCAACGGCCUGGCGACCGGAUUCUCGCAGAGUCCUUAUGACCUCCCACGGAACAGCCACAUUCCCAGCCACUACGACAUCCUGCCAAUGCGCCACAGCCCAACACACACCCCACCCCCUCCAGAGAGCCCCCCGAGCUCCCUGCUGUAGAGCCCAGUCCUGCCCAGCCCAAAAACACAGACGCAAGGACCUCGUUUUUUAAAAUCUCUCUUUCUCUUCAACAAUCAUUCAAGUACAGAUGCAUGACAUACUGGACAUGACACAGGAGAAGAGCAGAUUCUUCUCUGAGGUUUGUGGGAAAUGAAUAGUACAUCAAAACAAGAACAGAUUUGGACACCAGCGAUUAUUCAUCAUCCCUCUCAGAGGCGUUUUAAAACAAGCUGUGCAUAUAAAAUCAGGUGUAAAAAAGCAUUCUUUGUUUAUAGGUCUAUGAAAAGACACUUAGAGGGAAUAAAGGAGCGUUUGAUGGAAAUUUUUGAUGGAAUAUUUAAUGGAAACAUAUGAUAUGUUGAAUCUUAAAAACAUAGAGCUCCACAUACUGGAACAGAUAAUCAAUGCGACUCAUUGAUCCAGAACUUUUCAUUAGAAGCUGGCAUCGAUCUUGAAAACGAGAACAAGGGGUGACGAUGAAGGAACAAUCCUCUUUUUUUUUGCCCCCCAAAAAAGUCUGGGCAUUGGCGACAAAGCAUGGUUUCAUUAAGAAAUAAUAAGACUUCUUAUUGUGUAAAGAUGGUUACCAAAACAGUGUGUGAGAAGAGCGAGAACCGAUCAUUUAUCGACCACUUCUAAACCUACUCAGAAAAAUUUAUAAAGGUUUAUGAGGAGAGCCUGGGUCAACAUGAGCUGCACUGCUCAUUUGUGUAACAUCCUGGUGCUUUCUACUGUACAUAAGAGUUUAUGACUGUUGCUGUCAUUUAUUUGGGUGUGUAUGUUUUAUGAACGUGGGACUAAGCUAUCAUGUUUAGUUUUUCUUCUUUGUAUAUUUACAUUUUUUAAAACAUCUGUUAGCAGGCCUUGAAGGGCUUUUAAUUUGUGGUUCUGUAUUUAUGAUGUUUAUUUAUGCCUCGUUUGUGCAAGUGAUGUUUUUCUUUGUAGUGUAAAAGGUAAACAUAUUUAAACGGGAAAAAAGUAGCAUGAACAAAUGAUGAUAACCAUAGUGACCACUUAUUUUCAUGUUCUUGUGCUAUUCGUGCACAGUAUUAAUAUAUAAAGUCGACAUUAUAUGUUAGCUCUUAUGUCAUAGUAGAUUCCAUGACAAGAUGAGACCUCAUGCGUGUCCUGAAAAGUUUAGUAUAAAUAGACUUGGAGACGUGU